CCGCCCGCCGCCGGCACCGGCCGCGCGUUCCCGGCGCCGGAGGCACCGCGGGGAGGCCGCGAGCGCACCCGGAGCUGCCCCGAAGAUGCCGGACCGGGACGGCUACACCAACGGGAGCGGCGGCGGCGGCGGCGGCGGGGACGAGGUGGGCGCCAACGCCGACGACAUCUGCCGGGACUUCCUGCGGAACGUCUGCAAGCGCGGGAAGCGCUGCCGCUUCCGCCACCCCGACAUCAGCGAGGUCACCAACCUGGGCGUGCGCAAGAACGAGUUCAUCUUCUGCCACGACUUCCAGAACAAGGAGUGCGUGCGCCUCAACUGCCGCUUCAUCCACGGCACCAAGGAGGACGAGGACUGCUACAAGAAGACGGGGGAGCUGCCCCCGCGCCUGCGCCAGAAGGUGGCCGCGGGGCUGGGGCUGUCGCCCGCCGACCUGCCCAACAGCAAGGAGGAGGUGCCCAUCUGCAGGGACUUCCUCAAGGGCGACUGCCAGCGCGGGGCCAAGUGCAAGUUCCAGCACCUGCAGCGGGACUACGAGUACGAGGCGCGGGGGCGGGAGCAGGGGCUGGGCCCCGCCGGGCGCCGCUUCGAGCCCUUCGACGGGCUCCUCUACGACCCCGACCGCUACGACGAGCACGAGCCGGUGCUGAAGCGGCGGCGGGUGGAGGGGCUCUACGAGACCUACGAGUACAGCUUCGGCAGCCCCCGGGCCGUGGAGUACCGGCUGCUGGAGGAGGAGAACGUCCUGCUGCGCAAGCGCGUGGAGGACCUCAAGAAGCAGGUGAACAACCUGCUGGCCACCAACGAGGUGCUGCUGGAGCAGAACGCGCAGUUCCGCAACCAGGCCAAGGUGAUGACGCUGAGCUCCACGGCCACGGCCACCGAGCAGACUCUGGCGCCCACCGUGGGCACCGUCACCAACUACAACCACAGCAUCGCGCAGACGCACACCACGCUCAGCAGCCAGGCCCUGCAGCCCCGGCCCGUCACCCAGCAGGAUUUGGUGGCCCCCGCCGGCGCCCAGGCCGCCCCCCCCGCCAACGCCGCGCCCCCCAUGAACCCCGAGAUCGCGCCGCUGUCGGCGGCCCUGGCGCAGACCAUCGCCCAGGGCAUGGCCCCCCCCGUGUCCAUGGCGCCCGUGGCCGUGUCGGUGGCGCCCGUGGCCGUGUCCAUGGCGCAGCCCCUCGGGGGCAUCACCAUGAGCCACGCCACCACCCCCAUGGUGACCUACCCCAUCGCCUCGCAGAGCAUGAGGAUAACGGCCAUGCCCCACUGACCCCCCGCCCCGCAGAACUGAGCCCGGGGGGCAGCGGGAGGAGGACGGACACACGGACCCUCCGCGGCCCGCGGACGCUGGAGGCUCCCACGGGGGUGUGGGUGCGGGACCCCCACCU